AGAAGUUAAGGGCUUAAGACCACCAGUACUUAAACGAUAUUUCUGCAUGCAAUAGUCAUCUAAGCAUUAGCACAACUAUUCCAAUAUGGAAGUGUCAAAUUCUAACCAAGUAGUCCUCCCCUCAAUGUCUCUAGAUGAAACAAUUGAACAAAUUAUAGGACGUUUUGGGUGUUCACAGUUCAUGCAAGCUAUCCUCGUAUCAGUACCAGCGUUUUUUGAUGCACAACAAACAUUCAUUAGCAUCUAUGCUGAUGCUGUACCAAAAUGGCAUUGCAAUACCUUUGAUACAUCAUGCAACCCAAAAUCCAAUAUUUGUAAACUCCCAAGAAAUUCUUGGUCUUGGGAUGAACCUUCUCAUUACUCAAUCAUAUCAGACUGGGGUCUUGAAUGUGCUAGUUCAUUCAUCACAUCCCUUCCUGCUUCAUCCUUCUACAUUGGCAGCCUAAUUGGUGGCUUCACUCUUGCUAUACUUGGUGACUUUUGUCUUGGUAGAAAGAAUUUGCUUUACCUCUCAAGCCUAAUAAUGUCCGUGACCGCGCUUCUCUCAGCCUUCUCAACAAACAUUUGGAUGUACUCGAGCUUGAGAUUUGUAAGUGGACUUAGCCGUUCAUCAGUUAUAACAUGCACUCUUAUUUUGAUAACAGAAAGAAUUGGAAAAAGGCUGCGUAGCCAAGUAGGGACAACGGCCUUUUUCUCUUAUGCUCUUGGGUUAUUAUCCUUACCAGCUGUAGCAUAUACUAAUAGAGGUUCAUCAUGGAGAAUCCUCUUUCUCUACACUUCCAUUCCAGCAAUCUUUUACUAUAUCAUAACUUAUUUCUUUGUCUAUGAGUCUCCUAGAUGGCUUUUCAUGCAAGGGCGUGACAAAGAAGCCAUUGCAAUAUUGAAAAGAAUUGCAUCCAUAGAAGACAGAAUUUUGGACUCAUACCUAUCCAACAUUCACCACAGGCAAGAAAUACCAAAGGUUCAUCCUUAUAAGUCCAUGAAGGACUUAUUUAAGAGAAAAUGGGCUUUGAAAAGGAUAUUAGCAGCUAUGGUAAUUGGUUUUGGCGUUGGAGUGGUAUACUUUGGCAUGUUACUUGGGGUAGGAAAUUUGGAUUUCAGCAUUUAUUUGAGUGUCAUAUUUAAUGCCUCAUUGUUAAUACCUUCAAAUUUACUGACCUUGUUCUUUAUAUCAAGAUGGAAAAGGAAAAGUUCAUUGUUUGCCUUUUGUACAAUAAGUGGCAUAUGCAGCAUAGUCUGUGUCAUUGUAGGCAAAGGUAGAAAAGGCAUACAAAUUGGGCUAGAACUAGCAUCUUUCUUUAGCUCAAGUUUGGCAUUUAAUGUGUUGAUAAUAUUCACAAUUGAGUUGUUUCCAACAAGUGUGAGGAACUCAGCCACAUCGUUGGCUAGGCAAGCUGUUGCGCUUGGUUCAGUGUUUGAUCCGGUAUUAAUUUCAAUAGGGAGGAGAAAUGAGUUUCUAUCUUUUGGGAUUUUUGGAUUGACAAUAUUGUUGUGUGGGUUCUUUGUGAUCGUUUUGCCAGAGACAAGGGGUAAAGCUCUUUGCAACACCAUGGAUGAACAAGAAAGCAAAGAUAGUACGAUGGUGUGAUUUAUAUAAACAUAUAAUGCAUGGCACCUCGGAGCUAUAUAUAGAGCAGCUUAUUUGUUUCU